AUGAUGUUUGAUUAUCCAAGUGAUUAUUUAGCUGAGAAAUUACGUGAAAAUUGGUUAACUCGUAGUACUACUAUUGAACAAUCCAUAUGGAAUUUCCCAGUACAAGAUGAUUCAUUGACAAAUUUAGAUUGGUUACAAAAUUUCAAUAUUCAUGAGUACACAUCUACAGGUGUACCAUUUUCUCCACGACGCUCCGCAUCCUCAUUACAUUUAUCAACUACUACAACUAUUACAACAACAACAUCGACACACAAUUCAUUAUCACAGCAUUCUUAUCAAACACACAAUUCCCAUUCAACAACAUUCAAUCAUUAUAAACGAAAUGAUGAUUGUUCAAUUUCCAAUGGAUUACAAUAUCGUCAUGAAACGGACAAUUUACCAUUUGUAAAUUAUUUGAAACAUUUAUCAUCAUGUAACAACAACAACAACACCAAUACAAUGACAGAUUACACUUCUUAUUCUACUCCCAAUGACAAUACUACUUAUAAUCAUCACAAUCAUUUAAGUAGUAUUGGAGUAAUGCACAAACAAUGUAAAAAUUCAUCGAUACACUAUUUAAAUAACACUAUACAUUUCUAUCCAACCAAUAAUCCUGCUCGACUAGAUCAUACUCCAAUCAGUAGUACAAUGAACACUGCAAUUCAGCAUCACACAUUACGUAAUACUAAUAACAAUAAUGGUGUUUAUUAUUAUUAUUAUUAUAGUGGUCAACCCACGUUAAAUACUGUUCAAAUGAACUGCCAUAAUUCAUAUCCCAGUAUCAACAAUCAUAAUGAAGAUUAUACCAAUGGUCACUUACUUAAAACUCCCUCACAUCAUGAUACUACUAGUAACAUUAAUAUUAUGAAUCAUUCCAACCCAACCUACAUUUGUUCAUUACGUAAUGGAAACACAUUGAAAUUGCAACAUUAUUAUACCGUCGGUUCAAAUAACGCGCCAAAUCUAUUUCAAACAAACAAUCAACCAUUGAUCAAUGGAAUAGAUAUGAAUUUAACGGGCAAUUCAUCAACUACUCUAAUCAAUAAUCAUAAUCAUAAUCAUAAUAAUAGUAGUCAUUUGUACUACAAUCCGUUCAAUACUACUGACAGUAGUAAUAGUAGUAGUAGUAGUACUAGUAGUACUAGUAGUAGUAAUAGUAGUUGUAAUAAUAUUAUUGACAAUAAUAGUAAUAAUAAUCCAGAUAUUGAUUAUACAACAUCGUUGAGUCAUCAUAAUUUAUUAGAGAAUAAUGAAAAUUAUCAACAUCUCACACAGAACAAUCGUUUAUUUGUAAAUUAUGAUACUAUGACAUUGGAUGAGAAAAAUGCUUAUCAAUUUAAUGAAAAUUGCCGACCUGUAUUCAAUGCACAUACAUUAAUUUAUAUGGCAAUGAAUGCAUUGAAAAAGAAUAAAAUUACAUUGAAUGAUAUAUGUGAAUGGAUUGAAGUACAUUUUGCAUUUUAUCGUUGUAAAAAACAAGAUAAACUAUGGUGGCAAGAUAUUAUUCGUAAACAUCUUACAUCUAGUCGAUGUUUUCAACGUGUUCCAAGACGUAAAGAAGAACUACAUAGUCGUAAUGAUCUAUGGCGUAUUCAUCCAGAAUUACAAAAACAAUUAUUAAACAAUAGAAUUACUAAUCAAUUCUUAUGUGCUUGGCAAAAUCAAACAUCACCUAGAUUAACUGAUUUAAAUGAUAUCAUAGAACAAAAUAUUAACAAUCAUAAUGAUACUACUACUAAUAAUAAUAAUGAUAGUAAUAUAUUAAAUCAACCAAUAAAUUCAUCAUUAUCAAAUUUAACAGAACAAGAACAAUGUGAUCUACAUGAAUUGUUCAAUGAUCAAGAAACGCAUUCAAUAUUCAAUGAUCAUUUCUAUUAUGCAUCCACGUCAUCAAUUUCAUCAUUCGAUUUGAAUGAUUCUGUUGACAAUAAUGAUAAUAAUAAUAACGAUGAUGAUCCCAAUCAAACUAACAAUCCUAGUAAUCAUAAUCAUGGAACCAUUGUGGAAGAAUUAUUGAAAGCUAGUGGUUUGAAUGAAAUUCCACCAUUGAAUGAUGAAUUAAUCGAUCCGCUGGAUUUAACUAUUCAUAGUGUGAAUUCACGUUUAACAAAUGAUUGUUGGUGGUCGAACAAUCCUCCUGCUCCUCCUCAACAGCAUCCACAUCCUAAUCAUCUAAAUGAUAUAGAUCAAGAUUGUUUAUCUGAAUCAAUGACUAAUUUCAUUAAUUCAACAUUGAAUCAAUUUGAAAAUAGAAAAGAAGUUGAUGAUGAUGAUGAUGACAUUGACAAUGAACAGUGUACUACUGAUGUUAUUGAGGAUGUUGAUGAUACUGAUAAUAAUGAUGACUAUGAGAAAUUGCUACAAAUUGAUCAACAUGAAGAUGUCAGCCGAAUGAAACAACUACAUACUGAAAUGAUCACAAAUGAAUUAUCGUUAUGUUGUCAUACAACAGCAUCAUUUCUAUCGAAUGAUAUGACUGUAUUAUUAUCAUCACCAAGAUUAUUAUCGUUGACAAGUCAGAUAGAAUUAAUUUAA